AUGUCGUUGGUUGAACAAGAAACUACAGAUAUUAAUGAAUACCAUGCAAUAUUUACAAAAUUGAAAAAGCUUCAUGACAUAUCUAAAACUAACAACAAACCUGAGUUUGGUGAAGAAACCCAUGAGGAUGACUAUAAACUUGCAUCAAAACGUAAAACGGAACUGGAUUUUGAUGGUUUAAGCGAUGAUAGUACAUUAAACUCAUCUAUAAAUAAAACUAAACGACGAAGGUUCUCUGACAGUCAGGAUUUCAGCUCAAGUGAAUUUUAUGUCGAUUAUUAUCGAAACACAGGCAAAUGUAAAAGGGAAUUUGCUGUGACACUCUCAAAUUUACCUGGGGAGUGGACAUACGACCAAAUUAAACAAUAUGUUACUGAGGAGUGUGGUGUGAAUGUUAUGGGCAUGAUCGAUUCCAGGUGUCAAAAGUCUGAUUACCAACUGCGGCUUAGGUUUAUUAAUAGAUAUCAGUAUAAUUAUAUUCUCAGUAAACUGAAAAAUAAAGAAGGCGAAGGAAAACUUAAAAUUGAAGUUGAAGGCGAAAGUGAUUCAGAAAGUGAAGACUCUGAUGCAACAGUGUUAGUUGAGAAAAGUGAACCACCAUCAUGCAAAUCCCAGCCUAGUGAAGCUGGUGUAGAAAAUUAUCUGUAUGGUUUGAAUCCAGAGUUUCUAAAAAGUCUUAAUAUUGAACCACCAUUAGUGAAAUGGAUUAGUGUUUCAAAUUUUCGGUGUGAUAAGUCUGAACUACGGGAUCUCUUCGAAAUGGCAGGACGCGUGGUUAUAUGCGUGAUAUUAUAUUCCAUUAACAAAUGUGCGAAAAUUAUGUACAGCCAUCCGCUUGAAGCUGUUCAGGCGAUAUCUUUAUUGAAUGGUCAAAUAUUUUAUGGGCAAUCCCUAAAUGUUUCCUUAGAUCCUAUGGCAGAUUCUGUAAUACCCUUACCAAAAGGUCUCCAAAAAUUUGGCUUAGGUCUUGGCCAGAACGGAAAACCCCUACGCGAUGUUGCAGCAGAAUAUGAAUGUUUUGUGAAUGGUGCUCCUUCGUCUAUGAACGCAUCCUUGUUCGGAAAAUCAGUAGAAAUUCCCGAUGAUUCUGAUCGAUACUCACCUUCUAAACCUAGCGGGUCGUCGGGCCAGUUUGGUGCAAUUGGUCAAAAAAAAAUACCAGCUUAUCAGCCUACUAAUUCUAGUAACCCACUUAUUAGUCCAUCGCAUUUUGUACCGACCCAACCUUCUAGAUUAUUUAUGGGAAUUAGGCAUGAAAAGUCUUCAGGUAUGGUUCUCAAUAACUUAGCGAAAACGUCAAUGGGUGGUAUGCAAUCGCCUUCAGUUGGUCAAAAAUACAAACCUUUGACAAUUCAAAGUGGUCCAUCUCUAAAUGGUCCACCAAUAGAUAAGUCUAGGUGCUUAAAUCCUAACAUGCAGAACUUUCCUAGGCCUAACUACAAUCAAGUUACAAAUGUUCCGGGUCAAUAUCCGCCCCGUCCUAAUUACCCUGGAUCUAAUUUUCAAGGUCAGCCAGGACCUAGUUUUCAAGGACAACCUGUGACUAAUUUCCAAGUUUCAACAAAUACAGGACAAAUUGGACAGGAAAAUCCAGGAUCUUUCAAUUUGCGAAAUCAUCAAAUUCCUCCGAGUUUUAGGCUUCAAGGUCCAUUUAUGCAAAGUGGACCUAUGCCAAGAAUGUUCCCAUCUGUUCAAAACACAGGUCCUAAGCCUAAUAACCCUUUACCCGUACCCUCACCUGUUCAGCCCAUGGCAGCAUCGCCAUCUAGACCUUCGAAUGGGCCAGGGUUAUCUCAUGGUCAAAGAAGCUUGCAACCUGUUAUGGUACUGAAGGGAAAAGAUCCUUUUACUCUUCAUAUUACAAAUUUGCCAGCGCAUGUAAGAUUUGCCAAUCUAUGUGAUAAAUUGUCGAAGGUUGGUCAAGUAGUAUCAUUAGAAUUUACUACGCCUGGUUCCGCGUUGGUAAAAUAUAGCAACCACCUUGAGGCAGAGAAGUGUUUUCAAUAUUUCAGUCCAUCGCGGUUCGGUCACGAACUUGGAAUGGUCUGA